AUGCACUGGUCGAUGAACACACUGCCUUUGCCCCAGUGUGUGGAGCUAGGUGUCCACUCACUAAGCGGCCUUCUAUGGACUCUGCUGCUCCUGUUUUUGUGGCACUGUUAUCGGAUCGGCUCCGAUCUGCCAAUCCCAGGACACACGCACGCUGUGAAACUGAAGUCCAGCUCGCGGCGCUCCAUGAUGCCCCGCAGCGGCAGCUGCUUUGGAACAAAGUGCAAUGCACGACCCAAACUGUCCAGGAGUGAUCCCUUUAUUUCCAUGGAAAUGGUGAAGGAUGGAGAGCAGGGACAGGCCUACCUCACCCCAGUGCUGAGUCAUGCCUUGUUCCCAGCUCAGGCAUCUGCAGAAGCCAAGAAGCUGUACGCAGCGCUGCAAAAGUACGCCAAACGUUACAGUUGGGUGGGGAUGGGCCGCAUUCAUAAGGCCCUUCGUGAGCAGGUCAGACUGAACGAUCUCUUUACUAUUCAGAAGCCCCAUCUUCUCUUCCUGCCUGAUGUCCCAAGUGUUCCUUUUUUCCCACGUGAUGCUCACCGACAUGAUAUUGAGGUCAUGGAAGCUAACUACUCCACAAUCUUGACUGAAUUUCAGUCUGUUUACCAGCGAGGCAUCGACUCAAAAUCAGGCUGGACCUGUCUGGGACCAAAGGGCCAAGCAGUUUUUCCCCUGUACAGCGCCGGCCUCUGCGUGCCUGGAAACUGUCGCUCCUGUCCCUGCACCUACCGCACCCUUCUUACUUUACGAACGUUCAUCAACAGCAACUCACUGGGGUCGGCAGGAUUUUGGCUGCUGGGGCCCGGAGCUACACUGGGGAGCUCGUACGGACCCACCAACACACGCCUACGUUGUCAUCUUGGUCUGCAGAUCCCUCCUUUGUGUGAGCUGGUGGUGGGGGGUGAGCCUCAGUGCUGGUCGGAGGGACACUGCCUCCUUGUUGACGAUUCAUUCCUUCACACCAUCGCCCACAAAGGUUCUUCUGAAUCUGGACCCCGAGUCAUUCUGAGUGUGGACCUCUGGCAUCCGAAUGUGGCCAUGGCAGAAAGACAAGCCUUGGACUUCAUGUUCAGCCCUGACCUCUGAGUUUCCUGCUGCUCCACUUGUUUGUGACAUGCAGGGAUGCCUUAUCUUCGCUCUGCUCAUCCUGGAUCACACAUCU